CAUCUACACUAUCUGCACGAAUAUAUACCAGCUGGAGACAUAGUACAGACUGCAGGCCAUAGCUGUCCCUCUUUUGUCGCUGAUGCGCAACUCUCGCGGUGGAACCAGCUAUCCUUGAUGACAUAGUCGUUUGACCGGACCGCCAUGCAAGGCGUCGACGCUUCGCCACACCGGUUGACCACCUUUCCUGUUGCGUUUCCCGAAGAGGAGGAGAAGAACCAGGUCAAUCAGGUUAUAUCUUCUUUGUUCAGCAAAGUUCGAUCGCGGUUUGCUCCUCCGACUCCAGGGGGCAGCUCAGGUUCAACGAGCGCUCAAUCGCAUGGACAUGAACAGGCUGUGAUCUCGGAAGAAAGGGAUGGGUUCGAUCGACGUCCAGCUUCGCUGUUAGGGAGUCAGAAAGCUCGAGGCUCGAGGCCUUCUAACCAAGAUCUCCAAUCGUUCUCCUUCGGCCGUCCAGAAUCAAUCUCGGAGGCGGGUGACUCGUUACAUAGACCGCCAUCAUUACGCCUGCCUUCUGGAGAGUCUAGCAAGCCAACCUCGAUCAAGUCUAUAGUCCGACCACCUGCCUUGCCUCGGUCCCUAUCUAGUCGUCCUGCACCCGGGCCUGCACCUCCCCUCAUAUCUACUACUCCGGUUAUCCGUACGCAGGAUUUCGCACACUAUCUGCAUCAGAAUGCUACUGGAUCAAGCGAUAAUCUGUCAACGACCGCAAAUGGUGCAUCGACGCCUACACGCACUAGGGAUAGGUCAGACUCCCGAUCAUUCGUCCCUAGGCAUCGGCAUACAGGUUCAGCCUCGUCUUUCACCCGUUUCCGCAAGCCUUCCAUAUCGGGCUCGCUACUCCAAUUCUCGCCUAGCUCUGCCAACCUCGCGUCGUCGUAUCAGAGCGAUGGUAUCCCCUUCGACUAUACACAAGUACCGGGUUUCGCCAUCGCGGAUGAUUCCCGGAGUAUCCAUACAAUCGAUACUGCUGUUGGCUAUACUAUGAAUUCGUCGUUGGGCGCGAACGGGAAAGGGAGACGUAAUAGAGAGAAUAAAGAAGGUCAAGUGAGCGUUGCCAAGAUUAUCAGGCGGCUCAGGGGGGAGGGGCUCAGCAAAACAUACUGGAUGGCGGACGAGACGUGCAAGGAGUGUUACGAUUGCAAAUCAGUAUUCUCGGCUUGGAGAAGGAAACAUCAUUGUCGGAUAUGCGGUCAGAUUUUCUGUUCGCGCUGCGCUCCGAAUAUCAUCAAAGGGUAUCGAUUUGGUGUCGAGGGCACUGUUCGAGUGUGCAAUCUGUGCCUGGAGUUGAUGAACGAAUGUGACGACGAAGAGGAUCGCCGAUCGGUGACUUCCAACGGAACUUCGCAUAUGCCCCUGUCGGCUGGACCGGUGUUCCAUAUAGGGGAAGACGGUAGACCCCCGAACAGCAACCAGCCCUUUGGGUACAGUCAAUCACCAUUUGCCGCGUCACAACUCUUCAGGCAUGUCAGUCAUGGGGAUACUCUAGGAGCUAUUCGCGAAAAUGGCUAUAGGCGAACGAGUGGGAAUUCCGCGCUUGACGAUCGCUCGGAUGGUGAGGUAUCACCUCCAGGCACACCAUUAUACGAGCGUGGACGAUCAGACUCUCUACUUCAAGCCCGAACGAAGCAUCCUUUGUUGCAUGUGAGACCCAGAAAUACCAGUCGUGCUCCUGGUGAGUCCGCGCCAUUCCGGCGCACUAUCAAUGAAGAGGACACCGGAACGGACGAUCACGGGACACCCAAGUCUCACGAACUUGAGAUUGAUCAUACUGAAGAGCAUCGAAGCGGAUCUUCCGUAACCAAGGCAAAUGGCGCGGACCCUCUGUUGGCACCUGACGAAGCUGUGACCCGCAGUGCAGUAAGGUCACCGCGCAUGGACCCGUCACACACGGAAGCAGAAAGGACGAUGCAGCCUUUGAUAGCCUUUCCUACCAGUAAUCUAUCGAAUUCGCCUACGGACGAGAAGAGUCUGGACCUUCCUGCGCAUCUUCUGUCCCCGCAAACCACAAGGACAGAAUUUCCUCUCGCAAAACCUCCGGGUGCUCUGCGGUCUAGACUUUCUAGUCGCGUCUCGACCUCGGGUCUAUCUGGCGUGUUACUCUCCGAUAAUUUGGGCUCGAACGACAUGUGGAACAGUAACAAUGAAACUGCGGGGGGAGAUAACGACGUUCUGCCUCCAGCCUCCCUUGCCUACUUCCGCCUGAUGCUCAGACAGACCUUGAAACGGGAAAAUAUCACAAAAAUAGACGACUGGGAGAACGUCCUAACUCGUUUGCUGUUGCAGACCGCCUCGACUAUCAAGUCGUCGGUCAAUGCAGGGGAUUCCAUGGACGUGAGGACGUAUGUCAAGAUCAAGAAAAUCCCCGGCGGCAAGAUCACUCAGUCCGAAUAUGUGGAUGGUACCGUCAUUACCAAGAAUUUGGAGCACAAGCAGAUGCCACGUCACAUGCUCAACCCACGAAUCAUGCUUCUGACCUUUCCAAUCGAUUACCACCGGGUCGAAAGUCAGCUGGUCUCGCUAGAGCCUCUGCUCGCGCAGGAACGGAACUACCUCCAGCACCUCACUCGGCGGAUCACUGAUUUAAGGCCUCACAUCGUUCUGGUUGAGCGAAACGUUUCGCGUUUGGCGCUAGAUUUCCUGAUGAACGCAAAAGUCUCGGUUGCACGCGGUGUCAAACCCUCUGCACUUCAGCAGGUCGCCCGGUGUACUCAAGCGGAUAUCAUCGGAUCGAUGGACCGUCUGGCUAUGGAGCCGCGAUUAGGCCGCUGCGUGGAGUUCAAAGUUCAAACUUUUGAACACCGACUAAUACCGGGCUUUAGGAAAACGUUCAUGCGUUUCGAAGGAUGUCACGCAGCCUUCGGUUGCACUCUCAUCUUACGGGGUGGCGAUGUGUACCAAUUACAGGUCAUCAAACGGAUCACCGACUUUAUGGUCCUGGUCAUGAACAACCUGAGUAUGGAGGUCUGCUUGUUUUACGACGACUUCAACAUCAUGCCUCCAGCUAGCAUGAUGGAGCGACGAAACCAGGCUUCCAAAUUCAUCCGGCAUCCUUCGCUUGCUGGAACUUCUGCGUUCGGCUCUUUGGGCCGUGCCAGCACAACCUCGACACGGAAAGAUCGAGCUGAAGAGCAAGAGCAAGCCGAUCGUCAAAGCGACGAGAUUGAGAAGAGUCUGAGACCGUAUUUGGAUACUGCCUUAUCUAGCUCUGCCGCGAUCGCUUAUCCACCUCCAGCUCCCAUCGCGAGAAUGAGCCAGCUUGAUCUCCGACUAAGACAACUCAGGCUGGCCCGAGAUGAAGCCGAGGCUGAACAAAUACUGCUCGAGGAAGGGCUCGGCGCCACUACCCCUCGUGGGAAUGAUGGGAAACACGGUCAAGAGCUUUCGCUCGAGUCGCAAGAGUCCUUCCAUAGCAAUGAUACAGUCAAAGCUUCCAAUCUGACGGACGAGACUGCCCUGAGCCACAAGGCCACGGUGAUGUUGGCAAUCGAGGAGAUUAGGCUCGAGAGCGAUAUCGCCCAGACAGAAUUCGAACACAGCGAACAGUUAAAGCUAUGGAGCUGGUAUGUCAGUCGGCAUCCUCCAGAUCUUCGACCGGAGCUUUACCAGGGGAUCAAUUAUCUCUCGUCUUUGGUCUGCGAAGGCUCCGACAAGCCAUGCGUAGGUCCGCAAAUGCUCACUCGGAACUUUUACAUGCAAGACGAUCGUACAAUCGGGCAAUACCUCGAGACUCUCUGCACAGAAGCGACACAAGCCUGUCCCAACAAACAAUGCUCUCGUUUGCAGCUCCAUCAUUUUCAAGUCCUCGUACACGGCUCGACGCGUUUACAAAUCGCGAUCGAUCAGUUCCCAUGCCCAUCUUCUGGAAACGAGAACAAGAUUAUCACAUGGAGCUACUGCAAGCUAUGCAAAGAAGCCUCUCCGACGGCCUUGAUCAAGGAGGAAACAUGGAACAUGUCUUGGUCAAAAUACCUUGAGCACGCGUUCUACCCUCCAACCACGCGCGGUGGGUUCGCUUGUCCACAUGACGCAUACCGCGAUCAAAUUCGAUACUUUGCGUUACGAAACCUGGCCAUUCGGAUUCAUAACGAAGAAAUCGAUAUCUAUGAAGUACAAAGACCAUCUUUGACUUUGCAAGUCCGCCAAGAGAGUCGCGUGCUAAUCAAAAACCAAGAGUACACCACGAUCAGCACGAAGUCGGCGAGCUUCUUCGACUCGGUCUCGCUCCGCUUGAGAACAUUUGAUUGUCAGCUUGUCAAACCGGAGAAGGUUGAGGAUCUGAGGCAGGAUCUCGCCAAAAUGUCGGAGCGCGCUAUGUCCGAUCGCCACUCCAUGCAGGACAGCCUCGACCGGACCUACAAGUUGUCAUCUGCGACAGACGUUUUGGCCUUAAAUUCCGUCUACUUGGCUCUGCAGGAGAGGGUUGUACAAUGGGACACGGAUUUCCAGGAUCUAGACAAAAAGUACCUGCCUUCGGAAAAAGACAUUCGGCAUAUGACAGCCGCACAUCUGAAAAGGCUGUUUGCGGGUCAAGACUUCUUUCCCAGUGCUGACAGAACGGUCAGUGGGCAAACUGUUACGGACCUGGCCGAGGACCCUUCCAACAAAGAAGAAGAAAUCAAAGCUAGUGACAAACAAGAGCCUAUCGACUCGAGCACUGCAGAAAAAGGUGGCUCGAGUCCGGAUGCCGAAGUUCCCGCAUUAGUACUGGACAGUUUCGACGACCCGUUGGCGACUCCUCUUGCCGAACGGCCGUCUUGCCAUGACUUGAUCCCGGUCGAUGCAGAUGCGCCUACUGAAAGGGACUAUGAUAGCGAAUCGACCAUCUCGGCGCUGCCUCGUGGUAUACUUGAAACCCGUCCCUUGACUGCAUUUCGCCAAGCAGACUCGAGCACUAGUGGUUUGGAGUCUGACGCCGUCGUGUUUGCCUCCAGGCUGCCCCGACGCACUCGCCCCGCUCCGACGGUGGCAGACUUGGUGCGGCGUUUUCAGGAUUCAACGCAACUGGAAAGAACAAUUGAAUCGCUCGGAUACCGCCUUCCCCCUUCAGUCAGCAUGCUGGACAAGGAUGCACGCGAAUCCGAUAGCGAUCAGGACCGGCAGACACGGCCUCGGCUGAAAAGAGGCAAAACGGAAGGAUACCAUUCAAGAAACCGAGUAACUAAAUCAAGUGGGAUGUCCGAUGGAGGUGGAAGCUAUGCUCUGAACGCUUCGAGGAUACCCACACUGUCUGCGACGCGGCGUCCCACCUUGAAUCGAUAUCUUUCGGUUGGACAUGAAAUAAAAGAGGAGGAGCCUGGGAUCGUCGAGGAAGGGCCUGAUUCAAGUCUAGCUGUGCCUCUUCGACGGAGUCAUUCACCUCGUCUUCGUCGCAAUAAUACUGAGCUCUCGCUCGAGAGAGACCGUACCAAACGGCAGAGGGCGGAGAUCGGUAAAGUUGGGAAAGGCAAAGCCCCGGUUCGUCAUGCCGUCAAACAGGAUACCUUAGGCGAUAUUCCGAGGCCAGGUACGCCCGGCCUCAGAGCUCCAUCUCGGCGUGGGGGCGGUCAUGGUGGUAAUCGGGUCAGCACGAUCGCUCGUCACUUCGACCGCCUUUCGAAAGAGGCAGAGCGUGACCACGUUCGAAGGAUGAAUCAAGCUCGAGGUAGACGAGCUCGGCCUGUCGGCGUCACCCGAGCUAAGAUUCACGUCUUCAGUAAUGCUCGCGACGCAUUCCGAGACGACGAAACCGACUCGGCGUCAAGUGAAGCUGAUGACGAAGAAGAUAACGAAGCCGAGAACGACUUUUCCGACAAGGAGAUCAACAAGCCGACUAAGCUGGCGCUGAAACCGGCAGUUGCUGGAUCUCUACCUGCGCUGGAGACUGAGACCAGUCCGCUAGACAAGACUGAAGCGCAUCCGCCCAUCGCCACACCGAAUGCAGACCGCUUGGUACCGGGAGCCUCUACUCCCUUGUUCGAACCUUCUUCUGUGACCCCUUCAGAGGCUCCUACCGACGUCUCGUUCAAAGAUCGUCUACAAAUUACCCUUCCUCCCUUCGAUACCUCUACUCCACUCCUCAGUGUCCCACCGACACCGCUACUCACAGGUCAAAUUGAUACCCACCAUGCAGCAUCGCACGCAUCUGAGAGCGAAGCACAGGUUUCAGUUGGACAGGAAAGGCAUUCCAUCCUCAAAACGCUCUCUAAUCUGUGGGCUUAUCGAUCUGGCGAUGUGACCCUAUUAGAGUACCCUCUGUCCGCGUCGGAACACGUCUUUACCGACUCUACAAUUAUUGUUCGCGAAGACGAGCCCACGUCGAUCAUCGCGUUUACUCUGGCUUCCAAGACAUAUCGAGACAGGUUGCGCAGCGUAGGACAUCACAGAAGGGAUACUAGGCGGACUGACGGGACAACCGAAACAUCGACUACCGGCGGCUCGGUCGAUGACGCUGCUUCUGUGUAUUCAUCUGGCGCUGCACCCGAAGAUGUGCAGGAUCCAGAUGACGCUUCCAAGAGAGAGGGCGGGACCCACAUAAACUACGACAUUGAAAGCGGUAGCUCUACCAUCUCAUGCCGUAUCUUCUAUGCUGAGCGUUUCGCAGCGCUGCGAUCAAGUUGUGGCUGCGAAGAUCGCUUUAUCGAUUCUUUGGCCCGGUGCAUCAAGUUUGACAGCUCGGGAGGGAAGUCUGGGUCGGCAUUCUUGAAAACCAGAGACGACCGCUUCAUCGCCAAGGAAGUGUCGAGACUAGAGUUGGACGCAUUGACCAAGUUCGCACCUUCGUACUUCGAAUACAUGAAGCAGAGCAUCCAGCACAAACGGCCAACGGCGCUGGCUAAGAUCUAUGGCUGUUUCAAGAUCGGAUACAACAAUACCACCACGGGAAAAGCUAUGCGCAUGAACGUGGUCAUCAUGGAGAACCUCUUCUAUGAGCGCCGUUUCGAUCGAAUUUACGACCUGAAGGGUAGCGUGCGAAACCGGCUGGUACAAGCCACUGGCAAGGAAAAUCAAGUACUCUUGGACGAAAACCUUAUGGAGGUGAUCAAUCGCCAACCAUUGUACAUGCGAGAUCAUUGCAAACAGAUCUUGCGCACCGCGCUGUGGAACGAUACCCUAUUCUUGUCCGGGCUGAACGUCAUGGAUUACUCGUUGGUCGUGGGAGUCGAUAUAGAAAGAAAGGAGCUCGUAGUGGGAGUGGUCGACUACAUCAGGACGUUCACAUGGGACAAGAAGCUUGAAUCAUGGGUAAAAGAUCUCGGUGGCGGCGGACGAGGCGAGCCUACGAUCGUGACCCCUAAACAAUACAAGGUCCGAUACAGGACCGCGAUGGAAAAGUAUUUCCCAGCCGUGCCCGAUCGCUGGACGCGAAUCUCAAACGACAACGGUGCCAAUCAGAACCUCGACGAGGACCAUGCACAAGCACUGUAGUACUGUAGCAGACCCAGGCGCGCAACGACCAUUCACGACCACCUUCACGCAUCUAGACGCCCCCCAAACUUUGUAGCCACUUUGAUACACAAACAAGAUUCAUUGUCAUCAAGU